CAAUAAUAUGAACUCGGCGGUGCUGACGGUGGCCGACCUCGGCGACGACGUCGGCGACAUCUACGCCUGGAUCGACGCGCAAGUGAGCGUCGCGCCGGGCGACCCCAAGGCGCACCUUGAGAGCCUCCUCCCGCAGUUCCACGUGCUUUCGCAGGAGCUCAGUGCCAACCUGCAGCAAUGCCUCGAGACCUUUCCGUCUUUUGUGAACCACGUCCAGCUGCUCCAGCUCAAGACGCAGACGCUGGGGCAGAGCUUGCAUACGCGUAGCCCGAGUACGACGUGCGCGCGCGGCGACGCGACGCCUGCCUACAACACGCUCUCGCAGCUGCAUACGGCCAAGACGCACAUGCAGCAGUGCUCGAACGCACUACAGGAGAGCGCAGCAUGGAAGCAGCAUAGCCGAUACGUCGUACAGGCAACCACCGAUCCAACGCUCGACUUGGCCAAGCUGGCGACGCAUCUCGCUGCCAUGCACAAGAGCCUCGAGACUCUCCAGCGCAUGCCGGGCCACGACGAGCGAGCCGCCACCAUGGAUACCGUGUCGCGGGACGUCGAGGCUGCGCUCGUGCCGCAGCUGCACACGCUUCUGCAGGAGCCGACGCUGCCCUUGUCACCGCUGCAAGACUGCCUCGCGAUUUUCGGUCACUUGAGCCGGGCGUCGCUCGUCGAAGACGCGUACGCAAAGCGCCGGCCCGCGCCCAUGCACCGUCUCUGGCACGCGUCGACGCCCGCCGAUGCCGACGGCCUCGCUGCCUUUUACACCGAGGUCGAGUCGUUCUUGGCGCGCGAGACGCGCUACUGCCAAGAGCUCUUUGCCUCGCCGCUGCCUGUUCUGCUCGAGCUUGUGCAUGCGACGCUGUCGCCGCUCGCCUCGGCGGUCGCGAGCCUCCUCGACGCGGCGCCGUCGCAGCUCUUGCCAGCGUUCAAGGCGGCGACCCGGUUCGCGCACCACGUGCUGUUGCACAGUAUUGUGUCGUGGACGACGCCGACGGCCGCCGAUGUCCACAAGGUUCUCCACAGCGUGUUUGGCCCGUUUGAAGCCAGCUUCACCAUGUACGAACGCAUCGAGACGAGCGUCGUGACCGAGUCGCUUCUCGCCCUACUGCCGUCCACGUCAACGCUCCUCGCACCUGCGGUUGACGAGCUCAGCUCGCGCAUCUGGCUUCUUGUCGAGGCCCGCGUUCAGCACGCAAUGGAAUUGAUGGCCGGGGCUGUGCUGCCGGAGGCCCUCGAGGCGCUCGUGACCGGCCUCACCGCGCUUGCGCAGAUAUGGUCCAGCAAGAUGGCGCCGGCGCCGGCGCCAGGAUCCGCCGUCGAUUGGAGCUACCUCCACGAAGCCUUGGCGAUGCUCAAAGCCUGCGGCGGUGUGCUUGUUGCUCAGCGUGCGUGUCAAGCCCGUCUGCGCCUCCGGGUGUUGCCGACGCUUUCCCUCUGGUUUCCGGACGCGACGCCGCCAUCGUUGCCGCCUCGCAUCCAAUUGUCGCCGACGAGCAAGGCGGCCGCGGGUCCCGACGCGGCGCUGCACGUCACCGUCGACGACUGCAUCAACGUCGAGACCCUCCCCGUCGCCGUCGUCAAGCUCUGGCUGGCGCGCGACAAGGCGCGAUACCAGAACCUCCAACUGUGUAAAGAGGCGGUGGCGACCGACGACGACGUCGAUGUGAUCCUCGGACCGGUGUUCCGCGACUGGACGCUUCACGUUCAGCAACGUACGUAUGCGACGGUGCUGACGCCGGUCGCGUCAGUGCUGGCGAGCGUUCCCACGAUGGACUGCUGGAUUCAAGCCGACGAGAGUGCCGACUUGCCGACGUUCAGCAUGCUGCCACAGGAAUACAUGACGUCGGUCGCCGACUUGCUCCUCUCGCUCCUUCCGCAACUCGAGCCGUUUGCUGAGAGCAGCGGCCUAUCGCAAGCGCUCGCCGCCAGCACCAACAUCAUCGAGCUCAGCCACGAGGCAUGGGCAGGCGUCGCCCGGGUCCUCGGCGUACCCCAAGAUGAAGCCUUCUUGCAGCUCGGGGAGCUCCCGGCACUUGAUGCCGACGCCGGCCCCGCCGCCGCUUUUGUAGACCAGUGGACGUUUGUCGUUGCGUCCGGUGCGAUGGCGGCUGUCUUGUCAGCGCUACUGGCGAUUCCGCAGCUCAGUGCGACUGGGAAAGCGCAAGUUGUCUGUGAUGUGAGCUACCUCCAGAACGUGCUGCACGCCCUGGGUGUCCCGACGCAUCCGCUCCUGGUCUACUACAAGGACCGCCUUGGCGGCGACGCACUUUCCGAGCACCUUCUUCCGACGUCGAUGACCGAGAAGGUCGAUCUCUGGAUCCGCCAGCACGCAGCUGCGGACGUGUAGAGUCUUAAUCUUGCGUUGCAUGCAAACCUGCCAG